CAGCAAAUCACGGAUCAACGGAAAGAGCCAAAGAUGUCAGCUCGGUCAUGUGAUCAGCUGCGUCCAAUCACAGCUGAUUGCUGAUGAUCAGUGUAGCCCCAGCAUUGCCACCUGUCAGUGCCCAUCAAUGCCACCUGUCAGUGCCCAUCAAUGCCACCUGCCAGUGCCCAUUUGAGCUGCCUUUCUGUGUCACCUAUCAGUGCUGCCCAUCAGUGCCACCUAUCAGUGCCCGUCAGUGACGCCCAACAGUGCCAGUCAGUGACGCCCAACAGUGCCAUAUAU